ACCCUCUCCAUUUUUGGUGGUGGGAAUCAAAACACAUCUCUAUUGAUUUUUCUCUUUCUUUUUCUUUUUUAAUAUUUAUUUGCCAUUUUCUUCUUUUGGGGUUUUCAGAUUCUUCCCCAAAUUUUCCUUUUUUGCUCUCCCAAAAUGCUUCCUUAGGGUUUGUUUUUGGCUUGAAGGAGAAAAAAGAACAUAUUUCCCAAAUUUUUCCAUUUUUGUUGCCUAUUUCUGUGUUUUUCUUCCUUCCCAUUUCAGCUAAUUUUCUACAACUUCUCAUUGGGUUGAUCCAAACAAUAAUCCUUAUUAUUAUUAUUUUUUCUUUCCAUUUUUGGCCCUCCUCUUUCACUCUGCUCUACCAGAAACCAAGCCUGUUUGAGGGAUUUUUUUUAAUUUUAAAAAAAAAAAAGAGAAAAAAAAUGGUGAGAGGAAAAACACAGAUGAGGCGAAUCGAAAACGCGACAAGUCGGCAAGUAACAUUCUCGAAGCGUCGGAAUGGGCUGCUGAAAAAAGCCCUUGAGCUCUCAGUUCUUUGUGAUGCCGAACUUGCUCUCAUCAUCUUCUCUUCUAGAGGAAAGCUUUAUGAAUUUUCAAGCUCAAGCGUGCAGGCAACUGUGGGAAGAUAUCUAAGGCAUACAAGAUCAGAAACCCAUCAUCUUGAACCUUUAGCUCAUCAUCACGAUGAUUUACAAGUUGUUCAGAAUGAGGCUGCAAGUUUGUUAAAGGAGAUAGAAUCACUUGAAGUUUCAAAGAGGAAAUUGUUGGGAGAAGAUCUAGGAUCAAGCUCCUUUGAUGAACUUCAACAAAUAGAACAGCAGCUAGAAAGGAGUUUAUCCCAUGUUAGAGCUAGAAAGAACGAGCUUUACAAGGAACAGAUUGAACAACUAAAACGAAAGGAGAAGAAUUUGGCAGAUGAAAAUGCAAAGCUGGCCAAAAAGUACUGUGUUGAACAAGAGCGUCAACAAUCACCAACUCAACAGUUAGCAGAAGUUUCACCUUAUCCAGAAAGUAGCUCCAUUUCAGACGUUGAAACCGAUUUGUUCAUUGGACCUCCCAACAAGUCCAGAUCCAACUCCAAGUGACUUCUUCGUUUGGUAGUACCCUAGUCAACCACUUAACCACCCUUUUUUUUCUUCUUUAAAUAUAAAUCUAUCACAAUUAAUUAAUAAUAAUUUCCAACUGCUUUUCCUACCUUUUUUUUUAUUAUAUAAUUUGCCAGCUUGAAUAAUGACGUCAAUAAGAAGAAGAGAGCCAUCGUGUGUGUUGAGUACGGGAGGGAAUUAUUGGCUUGCCAAUUAAAUUGUGUUUUACUGUAUAUUAAUUCUAUAUAUUUUCUCUUUUAUCGAUUCUCA